GGUGAGGAAAGCAGAGGAGGGGAGUUGUUCAGAAGGAGGGAUAGAGGAAGAGGAGGUGGUGAAAGUCUGAAUAAGAAAGCCGCUCCCCCGUCCCGCUUCCUCGAGCUGCCCGCAGAUCGGAGAGCAGCAGCCGAUCAGCAAGACAAUCACGUCCUUAUUUGGAUUGAACUAAUCGUGAAUGAACAAGACCCCGACGGAGCACCAACAGCCCUGCUGCUGUGACGUCAGUGUCCCCCACUAAACUGACCGUCAUGCUGUCCCCGGGAUUCUGCGUGUCUCUGCUCGCUGUAUCUUUCGCACUGUGGCCGCCUGCGGUCCGGGCGGCGUCCUGCGAGUCGGUGCGGAUCCCUCUGUGCCGGUCCAUGCCGUGGAACAUGACUAAGAUGCCGAACCACCUCCACCACAGCACACAGGAUAACGCCGUGCUGGCCAUCGAGCAGUUCGAGGGACUAGUGGGUACUGGCUGCAGUCCGGAUUUGCUCUUCUUCCUGUGUGCCAUGUAUGCUCCCAUCUGCACCAUUGACUUUCAACAUGAGCCCAUCAAACCCUGUAAGGCAGUAUGCGAGCGGGCAAAGUAUGGCUGUGAGCCAGUGAUGAAGCGUUACAACCACAGCUGGCCUGACAGCCUGGCAUGCAGCGAGCUGCCACUGUACGACCGUGGAGUCUGCAUCUCACCUGAGGCCAUCGUCAAAGCAGAGGGACCAGACCCAUACUACCAGGAUCCAGCCAGGUGUAACCCAGAAUCCAGCCCAGACUUUCCAAUGGACUCCAAUAACCUUCACUGCAGAGGACCAAAUGGAGAUCGGUGUAGAUGUAAGAUAGUAAGAAUGGCUUUGAAAACCUAUCUGAGGAACAACUACAACUACGUGAUCAGGGCAAGGGUGAAGGAGGUGAGGAAUCUCGGUCUGGAGCCCACAGCAGUGGUGGAGGUGAAGGAGGUGCUCAAGUCUUCUCUGGUCAACAUUCCCAAAGAGACACAGACACUCUACUACUCAUCCUCCUGCCUGUGUCCUCCUCUGUCUAUUGGGGAGGAGUAUCUCAUUAUGGGCUAUGAGAAUGAGGAGACAUCCAGAUUGCUCCUUAUUGAUGGCUCCAUCGCUCAGAAGUGGAAGGAAAAAUUGGCCAGAAAGGUCAAGAGAUGGGAUCAGGUCCUGCAGGGGAAAGGUCGAGCAACAAACCGUCGGAAUCGCCACUAAGAUCUGACUGUGUGUGUGUGUGUGUGUGUGUGAUUUUGUAAGCAGGUGUAUGUGUGUUUCUGUGUGUGUGUGUGUGUGCGUGUGUGUGUGUGUGUGUGUAGAUAUUGCACUAUCACAGGUUGUUGUAGCUGAAUGAAGUUUAUUUCUUCUUUUAUCAGACAGUUUGAAGUCUGAUCUUUGUCAUUUAUUUUCUUUGCACAAACAUUAUUCAGUGUGCGUUUAGUAUGUGUGUGUUUAUCAGUGUGUUUGUGUGGGGUGUGUGUAUAUGUGUGUUUGUAUGUAUACACAUAAAGCACUCAAUAAAAACAAGAGAAAGGAUACAUCUUCCAAACUGCAGUACUAAACCUAUUCACAGUCAUACAUUAUGUACAUAACACUACUCUGGAACAAAUUAUAUAAUUAUUUUUAUUUUUAAUUUUUAUAUUUCUUUAAUGAUGGAAAAGCCUUUUGAACUUGAACAUUCUCAACAGUCUAGAUCUGCAGCCAUGAUGUCUAUUUUAUUUAAUUCUGCAAAAAAGAUAAGAAUACUAUUCAGGCCUUGUUUAGACUGUUAACAAGCAACCAGGAAAACAAAACCAACUUCAAGAGGAGAAAUAGCAGCAGCGUGUGGGCAGAUCAGGAAUUUACUUACUACUUAUACUUAAGUAAGUAUUACUGGAUCCAUCACUUUCUUUAUUCACAAUGUGUCAUGACAACAGAGAAAGACAAACUGUCACAAAUUGCAGUACUUUUUCAAUACCAUGUGUUUAAAAUGAUACAGUAUCUACAUUUGAUAGUAUCAAAAGCACUGAGGAUGUAAUAAAAAACAGAUUUGAAAUCAUAUGUUCAACCCAAGGCUGUACAGAAAUUAACAUUAUUACAAAUAUGUUGCUCUGUAUUCAGUAUUCUGUACCAGUGCUGCGUGCAGGUUUUUUAAAGAUACUGUCCCACUUUGUGCCAAGGACUUUUUUCUGUUUGCUAUAUCAAAAAGGUAUUGAGUAUUUUUCUUUUUUUUACUUGUAUUGUAACAAAAUUUGAAAUUGUGGUAUCGUGACAAAUAUAUAAUCAUUGGAAAUAACUUUUUUCCAAUUUUAAUAAAUAAACAUGCACUUUCGGGGGCACCAUAUAUCAACAGUGUAAAAAGCGAUUCAGGAAUAAGUGUUUAAUAUUUUUAUUCUCAGAAAACCAGACAGUUAAACACAAUGUUUUUCAACUAAAGAUUUUUUUCUGUGACUUGAAAUACAUAUGUCCAUGCCAGUGGAUAUUAUGCACCAAACAGUAUAUUCUGUCUGUUAGAUAUUUAGUUUAAGUGGGCCUAUUAAGAUUUAAUAAUGCCAAGUUAUUUUCGCAUUACCCAUUCAGAUCUAUAAUUAUUUGCACCAUCUCCAUUAUUGAAACCUGCACAACAAGCGAACCAAAGCAUGAACUUUAUGUUUUAACUCAAUCUCUAUCCAGUUCUUACAAAUUUGUAUUUAUUGUUCAACUUUUAUUGUGCAGACAGCCAAUAAAACACUGAUGCACUGUACAGGAAGCUGAUGCUAGAAAUUGCACUGCAUGAGAGCCAUGCAGUCACUUCAUUUUUCAGGACAAAGUGUAGAACAAAUUAGUGAAUAGUAGAAUAGAAUACUGGUUGCAGCGUUAAGACCCACUAGAAGCAAGAAAAUCCUGCUUCCUGUUCCUAAAAUCCUGUUUAACAGUUUAACCACCUUUGUUUUGUUUUUGUUUUUUCCCCGGCCUGUAUUUGCAGGAUGGCCGUUAUUUGUUAAUGUCUGCUGUGAUCCUGGCCAUUAUCGAAUGCCGGCUUUUAAUAGACUGCUGGUUUUUAUUUUAGGCGAUAGGGUAUUCAUCUGCAGGAACUCUACCCUCUCCCUGCAUAUUCUUAUUAGUAUUUUGAUGAUGUUUCUGAACAUCAGCCUUUCAGCAGUGGAUGUGUAGACUUCAGCCAAUAAGAGCAUGCAGGAUGUAAUUUUGGGCACUACAGAAACACAACAAUCAGAGUACAUUCAGCCUGUUCAUACUCUCUGUUUGUCAUGGAUGUAUAAAGGGCUGCAGGUCCGUGGGUGUUUGUCCAAGGGCGGAGCUAACCACUGAGUCAGGGAGGUGGGGCCAACUGUAAAUGGAGUGUUUAAAAACAGCAUCCAAAAAAUCUGUACGAUAUACAUUUAAUAAAAACCUUUGUUCUAUUCAAGUGUCCCAGUAAGCCAAUGACAGUGAGCCAGCAUGCAUAAUAUGAAGACCCCGAAACUGAAGCAGUUAAGUGGAAUUCAUGAUCAUCCAUCAUCAGUUUAUUUAUGUAUUUGUUUUUUUUAAGUAGUGUGUCAAAAUGUCUUCUUAUAGUAAGUUUUUUUCAUUGUGACUUUCACGAGCAGACUGGAGUUUCUUCUAUUUAAACACAGCCUCUGAUAAACAAGCAGUUCUCUCAUUAUCUUACAAUAACUGUUCAUGUAAACACACUAACACUCAAUAUUACACUGCAUAAUGUGUGUAAUAACACACACACAUACUAACACUUAUUUUGAGCUUUGGACUCUUCACAGCAGUUUGAACCAUUAAAAAUAAAUUUUGAUGACAAA